AUGGCAACCAACUCCAUCAUCGACAUUACCAAACUGUCUCCUAAAUUCCAGGACCUUUAUGCCAAGGCCAAGGACUUUGUCGAGAAUGAGUGCAUCCCCGCCGAAAGAAUCUUUGCUUUGCAGAUGGGCAAGGGCGAAGACCGCUGGAAGGUUAUUCCCCCAGUUAUGGAAGAGUUGAAGGCAAAGGCACGUUCUAUCGGUUUGUGGAACUUGUUCUUAGGCCUUGAAUACGGUAGCUUUGGUGCUGGUCUUACCAACGUUGAAUACGGUCUUCUUGCCGAAUUAUCUGGUCGCAGCAGACUCGCCCCCGAAUCAUGGAACUGCUCUGCCCCUGACACUGGUAACAUGGAAGUGUUCGCCAAGUAUGGUACUCCCGCCCAGCAGGAAAAGUGGUUGAAGCCUCUUUUGGAUGGCAAGAUCCGCUCUGCUUUCGCCAUGACCGAGCCCGCUGUUGCUUCCUCCGAUGCCACCAACAUUGAGACCAACAUCCGCCGUGAGGGUAACGAAUAUGUCGUCAAUGGCCGCAAGUGGUGGAUCAGCGGUGCUGGUGAUCCUCGCUGUGCCGUCUACUUGGUCAUGGGCAAGUCCGAUCCCGAUAAUACAAACCGCCACAAGCAGCAGAGCUUGGUUAUUGUUCCCGCUGAUGCCCCCGGCGUUACUGUCGUCCGUCCAAUGCAGGUCUUUGGUUAUGAUGAUGCUCCCGAGGGUCACUGCGAGAUGAUUUUCAAAGACGUCCGCGUUCCUAUCGAGAACAUGAUUCUCGGUGAGGGCCGUGGUUUCGAGGUCAUCCAGGGUCGUCUUGGCCCAGGUCGUAUCCAUCACUGCAUGCGCUGCAUCGGUAUGGCUGAACGCGGUCUUGAUCUCAUGCUGGCUCGCGUCACCGAUCCUACUCGCCGCACGUUUGGCAAGAACUUGGCUGAGCACGGUACUGUCAUUGCUGAUAUCGCCACCUCGCGUAUUGAAAUCGACCAGUCGCGUUUCUUGGUCUUGAAUGCCGCAAAGAAGAUUGACGAGGCCAAGGCUAAGGGCGCUAUGAAGGAAAUCAGUAUGGCCAAGAUUUCUGCUCCCAACAUGUUGCUCCGCGUUCUUGACCGCGCCAUGCAGGCUUACGGUGCUGCUGGUAUUUCUCAAGAUACCCCUCUCGCACAGUUCUAUGCAGGUGCACGUACUCUUCGCUAUGCCGACGGUCCUGAUGAGGUCCAUCGUAACCAACUUGGCAAGGUCGAACUCCGCCGUGCUACUGACAUUGCCAACAGACUCAAGGCACAAAAGGACAAAUCGGAUGCCCUCAUUUCUAAGCUGUAAACAACUUCCUCCGCUUUUGCUUUAUAUAAACUUUUUUGUACAAUAAAAUCCAUGAUACGUAUUAUAAUCUCACUUGCUAGUAAAUCAAAGUCAAAUAUGCC